AUGUCGUCACUUUCUGAGCAGCGAGUACUUCUGAAACAGAUUGUCGAGAAGACUCACGACAGUAAAGAGAGUCUUGAGGACCAGAAAGUCGACGACUUGAACAUAGGAUCCGAGGUUGUCUCCUCUGUUUCUCGCAUGGCUGGACGGCCAGAUCCAUGGACGCUCACGAACUCUAUCGGAGAAGAAAUCCGCAGCGUUGGGCACGACAAUGACCAAGUCACCCCCUACUUUGACCCUUGCAGUAUGCAAAUUAGUGGUCAUGAAAAAAGACGAUUGCAAGACGAAUACCUCAAAGGGCUACACUACGACGGAAUGUACUAUCGCGAGGCCUCGAUUGCUCCUGCCCAUGCAAAGACUUUCCAGUGGAUAUUCGAGAAAGGCACAGAGCUUCAAACACACUGGGAAGACUUUGGUAAGUGGCUAGAAUCAGAGAGUCAGAUUUACUGGAUCACGGGAAAAGCAGGCUCCGGGAAAUCGACCUUGAUGAAAUUCAUUUCCGCGCCUCAAUCGGGCCGGAUGGCUCUGACUGAGGGUGUGAAAACCACAAAUCCUCCAAAGACAUCUGAACUCCGAUGCUCAGAGUACUUGAAGAAAUGGUCUGGAGACAAACAGUUACUGAUCGGGUCGUUCUAUUUCUGGGCAGCUGGUUCUCAGAUACAGACUUCAACCGAGGGUCUAUUCCGGACACUUCUCCACAAAGUCCUUGUGCGGAACAAACAUAUCGUCCCCAAUGUUUCGCCAAGAAAAUGGGAGAAGCUAUUUUUCUUUGGUCGACAUAGUCUGGAGUUUAACGUUUCCGAGCUGCAGAUCCUUCUGUCUCGUGCCAUUAGUUAUCUCAGCCCCACGACAAGUAUCUGUUUCUUCAUAGACGGUCUGGACGAAUUCAAAGGGCACCACCAAGACCUUAUCGCCUACUUCAAAGAUCUGAUUGCUGCGCAUCCGGUCAAGAUAUGCUUCGCCAGUCGUCCGGGGGACAACAACUUCGAGCGGGUUCAGACCCUCGACCCGGGAUUUUCUCGCAGCCUCUUCCACAAGAUUGUCAACAAUUCAGAAGGGGUGUUCCUUUGGGUUCGCCUAGUUGUAGAGUCUCUGCUCGAUGGUAUGCGCGAAGGUGAUCGCGUUUCAGAUUUACAGAAGCGAUUGGACGCCAUUCCUAAAGACCUCGAGGACCUUUUCCAGUGGAUGCUCGACGACCUGAGCCCUGAUUAUAAGGACCAUGCCGCGCAGUAUUUUCAGUUGGUCGCUAGCGGCCCGACACCCUUGCCGACAAUACUUCUCUCCUUUGCCGAUGAAGAGGACGACUACGCUGUGAGACUCCCAGUGAAGGAGAUGGAAUCCAAUGUGUACGAGGCACCGUUGGCAGGAUUCUCCGGCGGCGAUGUGAGGGAGCUCUGGGCUCUCCGGAUGAUAAUGAGUGCGGAUGAAGAGGCAAACUCGUCAUUUAAGCUUGCUCCCACCACCCGAGCCCUGCUAGUCGACAGCACGAUGUCGGCCGGGGACACAGUAUUUCUGUCUGGUGCGACCUAUUGCGGAGCCACUCCGUUCGUUCUAUCAAAGAUCAGGAAGGGGUCGAAUGGGGCUUCAAAUGUCUUAAGAGAUACUCGAGCUAAGCCCACGACUUCUUCUUCCAAGUUGUCUCGAAUGCGACUUACCCCUGCGGACACUUUGAGGGGCUAUGGCGAGAGGAAACGGAAAUUCUCAUGGCCACUAUACCAUGCCGUAGUCGGUGGCAUCUCCGAAUCACACCUGGUAUCGGAACCACUUAUACAGCUGCUGCUGAACAAAGGAGCCAACCCAAACUUUGAGGUCCCGACGACCCUGUGGACAAAGCAGGACCAUACAAAUGAUUACAGCCCUUGGAUGAUUGCAGUUGCUAUCGCCGUCAGGGUAUCCUCUGAUGACCAAAAGGACCUAUACGCGGCUGAAACUUGGGGCCGUGUCAUCAAAUUGAUGCUGUCGUUUGGUGCAUCUGUCAACAGAGCCACCGUUUCGCAGUCCGUGCACAUGCUGGGUGCCGAGAACGACGUCAGAGAAAUACUUGCUGUGAUUGGGGAAGAUAUGGUAGACAGGGUUUUGCAAGCCCUUCGGGCAGCGCAGAGGAAAAGGACUGCCUUCAGAAUUUCGGGUUAUAGUCUGGCAGGUAUCAAUAAAGGACUUAUAUAG